AACAAUUUAACAAAAAAGUAGACUAACUUCCGAGGUUCAUAGAAUUGACUAUUUUGCCCUUAAUUCAAUUAUUUAAAAAUUACUUUUUAAUAACUAAAUCGGCCUAUUUGGACGUUGUUAUGUUAUAACCCAUUUCUUUAUGGAUAGCUAUAUGGAGUUAUUAAGUCACAUAUAAAUGAUUAUGGCAAGAUCUCUGCCACGGUCACCGCACAUCUUCCAGAAUCACUCAACUCAGUUUUCCCGAAACUCGACACCCAGUUUCACUUCAACGUCUACAUCCCGUGAAAGCAACAAGUCUGCAUUAUCAGCUAAUAGGGCUGAAUUCGACGACUCGUAUCGACAAUAUUCUCAGCUUCUGCAAACUAUUCAUCAAAGCCAAAGUCAAAGGUAGGAAGUUGGUCUGCUGCCAAAGAUUCUUAGGCUAAGGCAAGGUAGCCCACCCACAGUCCCAUCAUUCUUUAAAAUUCUUAUGAUUAUUAAUUACUAAUUUGGUAAACAAUGUUAUUAUUAGUUCUGGGUUCUUAACCGGACCCCCUCUUGAUUUCAAAACAUUUCCCACACCUCCAUCAGAUUGACUACCCUGGUUUCAAAACAUGAUUAAUAAGACACAAACAAAUUGUGUCAAUAGAACAUUAUGUAUGAGUUAGCUUUAAUAAUAAGGCCGGCACUACGUACACCGCGGCGGUGUACCUAGCGAAACUAUUGAAUUGAAUUUGGCCUGCGUACACCACGGCGGUGUACCUAGCUAAAUCAUGGUCUGUGGCCUGCGUACACCGCAGCGAUUUACAGUAGCCUUCAGUAGCCAAACUAUGGUCUUUGCGAGUCUUUAACUUUUUGGCCUAACCGGUACUUGUAGAUUUAAUGUUAUACUCGUGUUAAAACUGAAAACUAUUAAAAAUUCGUUUAUUACCUUGGGAAGAUAUUGAGUAAGGUCCACGCGUAUGUGGCAAAGUGCAUGUAAAGCAUUUCUUAUUAUUUUUGGAAGGGAAGGGGCUGGGGGGGGUGUAAUGUUAAACCAUGAUUUAUUUUUAAAGUUAACCACUUUAUUCCCCCCUCCCCCAAUAUCUUGAAAUACAAAUAUAUUUAUUAAUUGUAAGUUUUAUCAUAUGAUUGUGAAUCUUAAUUUGAAAUUAUUCUCUCAUGCCCACCCCCACCCAGUUGUUAGUUGUUUUGUUUUGGGUUUGUUUUUUUUUUUUUUUUUUGGGGGGGUGCCUUAUAAAUAUAACAUUGUAUGUGAUCCCUCGGGGCAUGGUGUAAAAAUGAAUGGGAAGACAGUGUAUCUAUUUUGUUAGCACCAUGAUAUAAUUACGCCACAAAUACAAUACGGGAAGAGAAUCACAUACUCAUACAUUGAUCAUGAAGUCGUGAAGUUAAAGUAGUCCGAGGCAUUGUCAUUGUGACACCAAGCAUGUGUCAACACAAAACAGCAGUAAGAUGAUCAAUACGAAACACUGCAGUUAUUUGAAAGUCUUUUAACAAUAAUUAAAAAUCAUUGAUUUAGUUUUACAUUGGCAUUACACAUUAGUAAAAAAAAUGCAGGCAGAGGGAGGGGGGAUGCAAAAGGUAAGUUGGUUGUGCGGACGUCCUUUGUGGACAACCCCUAUCCUGAGCCGUGAUUUGUGAAUGCCCUCUUUUUGGUUAAGCCUCUGCCCAUAACUCACCACCACCCCCCACUCCCCGGCAAGGAUCGAUUUCUUAAAAAAAAAAAAAAACAACAAAUACAAAAACUUUGACAUAGUGCAAAUCCUGUCCCAGGCGCAUUGUGCAAUGGUUUCUGUGAGAAAACGUCGUGUUUUACCCUGAGAAUAGCACAUGCCAUGCCAUUCUGGAAACAAAUUACGUCAUGAAAAGGGUAAACGCAGACCUAUGGCUUUGCUAUACAGUUUGCUACCACUCCGCAAGUUUCUAAAAUCGAGGUGUUUUCAAAAGAUUUGCUGUGAGACUGAGUGUUGUGAAUGAACCUUUGAUAUCGUAUGUACAUUUUGCCAAUGCAUAAGGCAUAGUGAAAGCAAGAUGGUUCAAGGUUGAAAUACGACCAUGCACAUUAAUAUUCAUAUGCAUGAAUAUUAUUCAUACUGGUAUUUUCUUUGGUUGUUCGUAAAAGUAAAAUGUAAAUAUUCAACUAUACGAAGAAUGUUGAAAUACAAUAGAAUAUCAGUCACUUAGUAUUCAUAAUGUUUCUGUUAUACAUGAUCAUCAUGUAUUACAUGCGCUUUCAGAAACUUUAAGUUUGUUUUCAAAUGUCUAAAGUCUUAUUACUAAAGUUACCGGUAUUUUCAAAGUCAAAGGCCGGCACAACUUGUUGAAACACUUAUAUAAAUAAAUAAAUAUAUAAUGUGUAUUUAAUAUAAUAUUUAAACAUAUAUUUAAAUUGUUUCAAUUGCUACAAAAUAUUUUAAAACUAAAAUGGGAGGAAAAAAACUCGAUCCCCUACUGAGAAUUGAUCUCAAACUAUAUUAUCGCCAAGCGUCCACUCUACCACUUGACCACACAAGAUCUUCUCCUACAAGUAUAUCUUAAAACCAGACCAAUGGUAAAUUUUUUUUAAACUACCCAGGCCAAAGCCCAUGAUUUCACUAGGUACACCGCCGCGGUUUACGCAGGCCAAAGCCGAUGGUUUCGCUAGGUACACCGCCGCGGUGUACGCAUCCACUUCGUAAUAAUAAUUAUACAUCAUACACAAUUAAACGUUUCGGCACAUGCCUUCAUCAGUACAAACAAACAAAACACAUUAAAAUAAGUAUAAAUUAAAUUUACAUAAUAUCAAUAUACAUAUCCUAUCUAAAACAGAAAAAAUAUAGGAAAGGGUGCUAAAACCAGACAAAAACAAAGAAAAGAGAAGUAGAAAGGAAGUGAUUUUAACAUAAUUGGAAAAACCAAACAGGAAAAAGACAUGGCAGCUAAGUAAAACUAUGGAUUUGGUUCAAUCCAUAUGGAGACAACGUACCAAAACUAGUUAUUAAUUUGUUCUCCAUAUAGAUUCUAUCUGCAGUAUUACUAGUAUAGAGUAUACCAGUAACUACAAUAUCUGAGAUACCAUUAUGGUUAGGGCUAUUGAAAUGUUUGGAGACCGGACAGAGAGCGUGUUUAUUUAUGUUAUAGAGGUGCUCUCUGAAACGGUCCCCAAGGCGACGACCUGUCUCUCCUAUGUAUAGUUUAUCGCACUUUUUGCAAAUAAUGAUUCCUUCACCCCUCGGAAAAGAAAAUUUGGUUAAUGCAAAGAUUGAAAGUAUGAAAGAAAGGAUGCCAUGACGUCAUUUGCGUGAUUAUUUUUGUUGCAGUGUAGUUAGUAAUAAAACAGACCUGUUUACCCUCAAACUCUUCAAAUCGUACAAUAUCAUCACAAAAUUGUUUCAAAAAUCUUAAUUGUAAAAAAAAUAAACAUGCGGUAUAAAACAUGUACACACCUUAAAAUCGUACAUUGUACGCCAAAAUCGUAAGAGUAAACAGAUCUGCUAAAAACAAUCAUUUUCACUAUACCUGGAAACACAUGCCAUGGUCACAACACUAUAACUAUGGUCAAGGUAAAUAUGAUACUCCCAUCCAAACAAUAUUACAAUACUAUUAACUGUGAUAGAAUACUUACCCCUUGGCUCAGUUAUUUUUAUUUGACACUGUACCCCUUGGCUCAGUUAUUUUUAUUUGACACUGUCACUAGGCACACACAGUACUUGGCACACACAAUGUGUGUGUCUUGCAAAAUACUAAUACUCACAUACCAAGUUACUUGCAAUCCUUGGUUUUUUUGUAUCGUACUCGUUUAAAUUCUAUGAAUUGCAAAAAUUGACAAUCUUUAAAAGAUUGGACAGCUUUAUGUUAAUAUUUUUUUUUACAUUAGAUGUAAUUUAUUUUAUUCUAUUAAAGGUUUAAAUAAAAGUAGUGCUUUUUUUGUGCCGUACGCACCGGUACGGCAUACCGGCACCUUUUUCAAUGUGGGGAAAAAAUUAUUACUUUUCUUGUAUUUUAACAUUUAUUAUUAAUUUAUAAUAUUAUUAAUUUGUUAAACUUGAAUUAUUUUAAAAUUGCUCACAAUAAGAAUUAAAAUAUAAAAUGCGAAACUGCUUUCCGCACACACUCGUAAUGUUACGUCAUUUGGAAUUUAUGAUGAAUAAUUUAUUCAACAUUUAUAUUUCAUUUUCAUUUUUAACAGGGUUCUUUCCUAUAAAACACAAGAGAACUUAACACAAUUUUUUAAAAGUAAAUCAAGAAUAACUUGAAUAAGUUGUUAGUUAAAUUUUACAAAUCAUAACAAAUAAUACGGUAUACUAAUAAAGUAAUAAUAAAACAAUUUAAUUUGGUUAAUUAUAAAAUAAAAUUGUUUUAGACAUUUAGUAUCUUUGCAGUUGUGAUUUAGCUUGCAUUGAGGUGCGAACUGGUAGUUAAAAGUUAGGCAAUCCAUCACUGAGUACUGGCACCUAUUUUUUUACAAAAAAAAGCACUGAAUAAAAGUAUAAUUUUUAUGCCAAUGUAUAGAAUAUUUGUCAACUUAAAUGUUACCAUAAACCUGAACUUAAGCUUUAUUUACUUUAUGGUUUACAUAUAGCUUUUAUUCAUAUUGAUAAUUUACCUUGUUGUCUACGAUGUAAAUUAGGCUUACACCGAUUAAUCUGCAGAUAUUCUGUAAUCAAUUUGCUGAUAAUUACUUCAAGCUAAUUUUGGACUAAUCAAUCUGUAAAACUGCUUUGUGAUGAUAGAACAUUUUACCAAGAUGUUAAUUCAGAGGAAUUUAAUAUAAUCUUGAAUGCAUUUUAUGAGUUAAUCCUAAUUGUACUCAGGCAAAUAUGUGCUAUUUAUAAACACUUGCUAUCACCUUUGACAAUUUUAGAUAUGUGGAAUAAAAAAAGAUGCAUAUUUUAAAAAUACUCCUGCUAUAAAUAAUUUUAGAAACAGUAAAAUAAUAUCUAGAGACCGACCGAAUGUGAUUUUCUUAUUUCGACUGAAACCAAAAGUUAAAAAUGACUUUAGGCAGAAACCGAAACCAAAAGCUUAAUGAGACUUUAGGCUGAAACCAAAAAAUUUAGAUUUAUUAAAUAUUUUGAAACUCGUUAGUGCAUACAUUCUGCCUAUGUUGAAAAAUUAUGGGGAAGGAUCAAUAUUUAUAUUAUUUUUAUCAAAAAUGAGAUUAUCGUAAAUUUUAAUUGAUAAACAUCUAUUGAAUACUUUGGCUUUUACCAUUUGAAUUAAAAUGUACGGUAAUUUAAAGCCGUUAAAAAUUUUUUAUUUAGUAGGGUAAGAGAAAAUUUUGAGUGGGGGGCAAAUUCAUGCAAAAUAGACCCUUGGGUGCCCUUUUCUUUUAUAAUAUAAUUACAAUGAUACGUAGAAAUAUUUGAUAUUGAUUGAAAGAUUCGCCUAUGUAUUUUUUAAUGGUAUGGCCCACUAAAAUAAGCCUUGAAGGAACUCUUUGAUCCUCUAAACCAGUGGUUCUCAAUCUGUGGGCCGCGACCCCUUUGGGGGUCAAAUGAACCUUUCACGGGGGUGACUAACGGAAAACACAUUUACUCUAAGGUUAUGAAGUAGCAACGAAAAUAAUUUUGUGAUUGGGGGUUGCCACAACACAAAGAGUUGUAUUAAAGGGUCGCGGCAUUAGGAAGGUUGAGAACCGCUGCUCUAAACCAUACAUUUUCAAUAAAACACAGGUUCUUAUUGGUCCACUUUUAAAUUUUUCUUUUAUCUGCAAUUAUCAUUUAUUAGCUAAUUUUAUAUUUGAAAGCUAUUUCAUGCCUAAUUAUCCAUCCAUCCCUGUGGCGCUACAGCCCAUGUAGGGCUUUGGCCUGCCUCACCACUUCCUUCCACUCAGACCUAACUAAUGGCUUUCUUUUCCAUGCUUGGACUUUCAACUGCUGUAGAUCAUUUUCCACAUCAUCUAUCCACCUAAGCCUAGGUCUGCCUUUGAGCCUGUUUCCUCUGGGGUAUUGGUGAUGCACCCUCUUCGUUCCUCUGUCAUUUGGCAUUCUCUCUAGGUAUCCUGCCCAGCGUAGCCUGCCUCUUUUUAUUUCUGCUACUAUCGUGGGAUCCUGAUAUAGACUGUAAAAUUCAGGGUUGGUUCGUAUUCUCCAUCCAUAUUCAUCCUUCUUUGGCUCAUAUAUUUUCCUGAGAACUUUCCUCUCCCAUGUGUUUAAUAGGUUUUCUGCUGUUUUUGUUAGGGUCCAGGUUUCACUUGCGUAUGUUACAACUGGUCUGAUUACAGUUUUAUAAAUAGUUUUCUUUUUUCUCUUGUAAUGUUUUUACUUUUGAGUAUUUUCUGACUACUGAAGUAUGCCCUGUUUCCGGCUGAUAUUCUUUCUUUUAUUUCUGUUAUUAAUUCGUUUCUUUCAUUUAACAAGGAACUAAAAGUACAUCGAAAUUCAAUGCCAAGCAAGUAAAAAAAAAUACAAUAGUUACUAAUAUCAUUGAAUUUUAUAUUAUAUAUGAAUUACAUAUGAAAUAUAAAUUUAAUUUCUGGGAUUGACAUUAACACUGAAAAGUUUGGAGCAUAGUUAUACAUUAAUAUGUUAUGUACAGUGUGCUAUAGGCACUUUCACAAUUGGUUGGUUAAAUUUUUUUCUAUCUAGACAUAACAUUUUGAAACAAAUUAAUAUAUGGCUAAAGUGUUUUUUUUCUUGAGUAUGAAAAAAGAAGUCUGUAAUUAUAAUGCCUACAUCGGCAUACUGUGUAAAAAUAUAUAAUAAGUUGCAAAUUAUAGCUUUUUUUUUCCAAAUGAACAGAUUCUGUUUCAAUAGGAUUAACUUGAUAAAUAAUGCCUAGUUUUAUUUAACUCACACACACCCAAAAAAAAAUAAAUAUAAAUAUAUAUAUAUAUAUAUAUAUAUAUAUAUAUAUAUAUAUGUAAAGAGAGAGAGACAGGGGGAUAUAGAGAAAGAGAGAGAGAAAUAGAGAGAGAGAGAGUAAUAGAGAGAGAGAGAAAGAGGUUUAGAGAGAGAAUGAGAGAGAGAAAGAGGGUGAAAGAAAGAGAAAGAGAGGUGUAGAGAACGAAAGAGAAAGAGAGGUAGAGAGACAGAGAGAGAGAGAGAGACAGACAGACCGACAGAGAGAGACAAAGAAUGAUUGUGUCUUAGACAGAGAGAGAUAGUGCGACAUACGGUGUUUGGUAAUAAACCCUGUUGAAAGGCGAGCUAACGCCAGAAAAUCCCCCAUUUGGAUCCUGUCCCUCCCAAAAUAGAUUUUCUAUCGAUCCCCUGCCCCCUGUGGNUAUAUAUAUAUAUAUAUAUAUAUAUAAUCUUGCUACAAGUGCUACAAUAAAUAAAAAUUCUCUUACUUGAAGCCCUUUUUUAUUAUAAAUUAACAGAUAUUAUUCACAUUUUUUAAACUUAAAGUAUGUGUUAGAAAUACCUCAUCUGAUUAAAUAUUCAAACACAACAUAUAAGCAUGCAUAUAUUUGCAUCAAUUUCCAUCUCUAAAUAUUGAGUCCUCUUGGUAUGAAAUCUGGGUUUGCAUUUAUUUGAAAGUAUAUUUUAAAUAGAGGCCGACCGAAUUUCGGCUUCGGUUUCGGCGCCGAAAGUGGCCGUUUUAUCACUUUCGGCCAAGUUUCGAUUUCGGACGAAACUUAAAAGUUAAAUUUCGGCUUAAUUUCGGUUUCGGCUGAAAGAGAAAAGUUAACUUUCGGUUUUUCUUCGGUUUCGGCCGAAAUUGACUUAGACUUUCGGCCAUCCGGCCGAAAGUGACUCAAGUUUUCGGUCAAUUAAUACUCAGCGAAAGCGAUAUUUAACAACAAACUAAGCGACAUUUAAGAACAAAUUAAGCUAUCUUUGAGAACACACUAAACGAUCUUUAAAACAAACUAAGCGAUCUUUAAGAACUAUCUAAGCGAUCUUUAAAAACAAACUAAACGUUUUUAAAGAACAAACUAAACGAUUUUUAAGACCGAACUAAAUGAUCUUUAAGAACAAAACAAAUGAUCUUUAAUAUUAAACUAAUUGAUUUAUAAGAAUAAAAUAAGCGAUCUUUACCAGAAAACUAAAUGUUCUUUAGGAACAAACUAAACGAUCUUAAGGAACAAAAUCAAUUAUCUUUAACAACAAACUAAGCGAUCUUUAACAACAAACUAAGCGAUCUUUAUGAACAAACUAAACGAUCUUUAAGAACAAAUAAAGCGAUCAUUAACAAACUGGGUGAUCUUUAACAACAAACUAAGCGAUCUUUAAGAACAAACUAAACGAUCUUUAAGAACAAACUAAACGAUCUUUAACAACAAACUAAACGAUCUUUGACAACAAACUAAACGAUCUUUAAGAACAAACUAAACGAUCUUUAACAACAAACUAAGCGAUCUUUAAUAACAAACUAAGCGAUCUUUAAGAACAAAUUAAGCGAUCUUUAAGAUUAAACUUAGCGAUAUUUUAGAACAAACUAAGCGAUCUUNCCCCCACCCCCCCAAUUUUUCCCAAUUUUUCCCCCCCCUAACAAUUUUUAAAAAAUUUGAAAGCAAUUUAAAUUACUUUAAUUUUAAAAAAGUAAAAUCCAAAAUAUUUAGUAGAUCAAGGGUCUCAAACUCAAAUACCAGGGGGGGGGGGGGGGAGGUAGUGUCUGAAUGAGAGUGGGUCGCAUCAAGUAAUCCACAAAAAAGCGAUUACAACUGUUACAAUCUGCUCAACUUUUAUAAAUAACAAUAAAAUCAUUAAGGGUUCUCAAGAACUAGGAUUCACUUUCAUCCACCUAUUCACUGUUGAAUACAAAAAUAUAUAGAAACGUUUUAAAAAAUAAUCAGAAUUAGACUAGUCGGUGAGAUUCGACUGAAACUGUCGCGGAGAGUCACGUUAUAGAUAUGAGAAUGGGGGAAACGGGCCGGCGCAUUUACACUAAACUUUUCUGUCAUGUAGCGUGCCGCAACAUAUCGUCUUGGGGGUCAUAAAUGGCUCGCGGGCCGCGAGUUUGAGACCCUUAUAAUAGAUGUUUAUUUAUUAAUAUUCACGAUUAUCUCAUUUUUUAUAAAAAGAAUGUAAAUAUUUAUACUUUCCCCAUCAUUUUCUAUAUAUGCAGAAUGUAUGCGGCAACGAAUUUCAAAAUAUCUUAACAUUUCAUUUUCGGCUUCGGUUUCGGCCGAAAUUCAUUUUUAACUUUCGGCCUUUUUUCGGUUUCGGCCGAAAGUCAUUUUUAAACUUUCGGUAUUUUUUCGGUUUCGGCCGAAAGUCAUUUUAAACUUUCGGCCUAUUUUCGGCUUCGGCCGAAAUCAGAAAAUCACUUUCGGUCGGUCUCUAAUUUUAAAUACAUUAUAAUUGAUAAUGGAUAGAUGGGGGGGGGGGAUGGAUGGAUAUUUACAAAUUAAAUAGAUUAGAUCAUAUAUUAAAACAUGUUCAUUUAUACAUACAAUAUAUAUAGCUUUAACAAAGCACCAGUUCAGUAUGUACACUUUUUAACAUUUAUUGUAAGCCAGGAUUCCACUUCACCUCUGCAAAUAACUCUAUCCAUUUCUAUGUAAGCCUGAUUACUUCCAAGCAUGUUUAUUAAUGCAAUAGGCUGAUGUGAUUUCUCUGGCAGUGCAAAAUGCUAUGUAGCUAAAAAGAUUAUUAUUGAUAACUUGAGGUUUGUUGCAUCUUUUUGACAUACCCAUUAUUUCAAAUAAAAGAAGAAAUCAGUAUUCCUCAAUCAAAAUUCCUCAUUGUAAACUAUUUACUUUUAGUCAGGUUUAUAAAAUUGUAUGUAUUUAAAGAUUUGUAUGAUUUUAUUAAUACCAAGAUAUUCUACUCAUUUUGAUAAACUGCCAUUUUGAAUGUCUAGUAUGUUCAAAUUUAACUAAAUUCCUUACCAUAAACCUUAGCACUUAAGUACUUAAUCAUUAGUAUAAAUAAGAAACUUUUCUUUGCAGCUUAGCCUAAUUUUCAUGAUCAAGUAAGUUUUCACACUUAUAGUUUGGCUUGUUAUUAUUUUUACUACAACUUUAAAGUUCUCAUUACAUUAAUUUAUAUACUGUUAAUCUGCAUGUCAGUAAUAUCAGUAAUCAUAAUAUGCAGAUAUAAUUCACAGUGAUAUUCAAAUUUAAUAUCAUGUUCUUGCAGCAAAAUAUCUUUCCUAUAAUAUUUCAAAGAAUUUGAAUAACACAUUAUUUCUCAUAGAUCAACAUGUAAAUAAAUAAUAAACUUUACAUCUUGAAAUGUUUUGGAAAUUGAUAUGUUUCCAAGUGCAUUGCCAUCACAUCAACUGAAAUAUUGCAGCCAGCUUUAGUUCUGUUAUUGGAUUUUUGAAUGUUUAAUUAAAGUUGCUUCUAAUGAACUUUGAAUAGAAUUCCACCGCUUCUAUGCUACACCAAGCAAUGUAUAUUGUCCACUUUAUUUUGAAUGGUAACUAAAUAAUUUUAUGCUUCACUCAUGAGAUAACAUUCAUCUUAACAGGUGCAAUUAACUUGCUUAGAAAAUAUUUACAUUUAUUUUGGAAGCACAUACUGAAAAAGAUUUACUAUUUCUCAUAAUAACUAAAAAAAAAAAAAAAAAAAAAUUUUCUAUUUUUCAAAAAAAAAAAAAAAAAAAAAAAAAAAAAAGGCUUAGUAAUAUUAAGUAUUAAGACUAAUAACAGGGCUUCUUUGCUUAGGCUGUUUCUAUCUUGCAUGAUAAUUGAUCAGAUUAUAUCAAUAUAAUUUACACUACUGAAAUAGUUACGUAAAUUUAUUGAAUGGUGCCACUUAUUUAAUAUUAUAAAGGUUGUCUGCAAAUGUCUAUCUACUGAGAUUGAUGUAGAGAAAAUGAACUUAACUUGAUUUUGCUUCAAAAGCUCUCUAUCUAAAGCUCACAUACUCUGAUGAACUUUUAUACUCACCUAAUGUUUUAAUUUUUUUCCUAAUAAAAAAUAUAUAAAAUAUGCUUUUAAAAAAAAUAAACUAUUGUUCUAAGUUUAAGUUUAAUCUAUACACUAAUUUUAUAUUAAUAAUUUGAACUUCACUAACUGGAGCCACUGUGUUUGUUGAGAUUUGUUUUCAUACAAUUUUGACACUCACUUUUUAUCUUGCUGUAGCCAUGGAAGUAAGUCUUUGCCUCUUUUCAUGACAAGUCAUAGUUUUUUAAAACUUUCAGCAGCUUUUGAGGCCAGCUAUGAAGAAUUUAAACAAAUUUGGGCUCUUGAAUUCAUUAUUGUUUCAUUUCUUAAUUAUUAUUUUUUUUGUAAAGGAGUAUACAACCAUAUUAAGGUUAAGAUGAGCUCUCCUUCAUAACUUCCUGUGGUUUUCAAAAAAUUAGGAACAAAAGUUGCAAUAUUUAUACCUCUAUAAUUUUUUUAAAAGCCAAAUGUUACAAUAGUGGAGUCAAUUGAGAAUGGGAACCUUUAAUUAAUUUUUGUACAGUGUUUAAUGGUUAUUGGUAAAUUGAACUCAAGACUUUUCAUCAGAUCUGUUGUAAAGUACAUAUUGUUAUUUUUCAUACUACAUUUCUGUUUUCAAAACAUACUUAAAAUGUUAACCAAUCAAAGAAAAAGGAAGAUUAGACAUUUGAAUAAAGGCCUGCUAAAAAAAUCAUAAAAGUAUAAUCCUUACUGAGAACCAUAUAAAAAUUUAAUUAACAGUCAUGUGUAAGGAAAACUCAUUGUGUUUGUGAGAAAUUUGUGUCACCAUUUAUCAGUCUUGUCAAUCAAAAUUGAAGUUAUAUUUUUUGUUUGCAGUUCUCCUGGAUCAGUGAGUUUCACAUCAAAAGAUAAAAGAGAUUUCAGUCAUAACCUUCAUGCUUCCUUCUCCUCCAAUAGGAGAACCAAUCUUAGCAUUGAGGAGAUUGUUUGUGAUGAAAUAGAUGACGUGUGAGUUUUAUUAUGUUUUUUUUUAAAUUUAAUAUUUAAAAGACAAAAAAAUGUAAAGUUAUUUUUAAAAUAUUUAUUGGUUCACAGUAACCUGUCAGCUACAGUUUACAAACUGUAAUACAUGAAUACUUUACCAGACCUUACGCUCACCAACCACCUGUAAAUAAACUGCCUACAAUGCAGAAGCCACAACUCUGAAAUUACUAAUUUUUAUUGUGCAAAAUUAUGUUUUAAUUUAUGUAUUUUUAUUUCAGCCUACCCAAAACUGACUAUACUUAUGUAAGAACGUAAGUCAAAAACCUUACUAUCUUAAGUUGGUAAUUUUUUUCAUGAACAAAAAAAUGACAUUAAAAUUACUUGAAUAUUUAUAUAGGUCGUAUAAAAAUCUGGCCUGCCACAAUAAAAGAUAAGAGAGUUUCCAUGCUCUUAGAUAAAUGUGCAGCUUUUCCUUGUUCCAGAGCUUCGUACAGCCCAAAGUACUCAAGGGAUACUAAGUACAUUAGUCCCAACAUGUCUCGACGAAGAAUUCAUGGAUCUCAACCUGUGUUUUUGAGUGAUGAUGAAGAUGACUUCACAGAGGAGACGCCUGGUCUAAACAUUGUUCCAGAUUCCAAAGUAUACAAGAUGAAUGAAGAAGUGAGUAACUUUACAUUUAAAUAUCAAACAGACACUGUUGAAGACGAGAAAAAGAUUUUCUCUGCAUUUUAUAGCUGGUUAAAUUGAAGACUAACCCAUGCAGAAAACCUCUGAUUUGGAGAGAUCAAGAAAAUGCUGUCUGUAAAGUAUAUAUUUUUUAAGUUUUAAAUUGUUGAAUAUGUGUACAGUAUAAUAUAAAAUUAAUUUGAACAUUCUGAACUUAUCGAGACUAGUUUAUCUAGUUAAGUAAGGUAACAUUCCUUGUCAUUCACACAUAUAGAAAUGUUAUUAGCAUCAAUAGUAAUUUGUAUAAGCUGACUAACUUUGAUCUUAGGCAUGUAAAGUAUAAUUAAGGUGGAUAUUCAGAAAAAGGCUUGCAGCAUAGCAGCAUCACAAGGAAGUUUUAACUAGUUAUCAAAUAAUUUAUGUUGGAUAUCUCAAUAGCAGUGUCUAAUUAAUGAUUUGAAAUAAGACUCUAUUCUGUAGCAGCUAAGUUUACAAAGAAGAAAUGCUGGUCAAAAAUCUGUCUGAAUCAAUUUAGAGUGAGGGGAGAUAUUUUUAUAUGAAUUAUGAAUACAAUUUAUAGAAAGUUUUAAUAAAUGUGAACUUUCCAAAAUAAGGUGGUUCAUUUUUUGUAUAAUUUGCAUAAUUUUCUCUCCUCAGCCUGAGCGAGAACCAUCUGAAUCUGGCUCAACAAAAAGUAAAAGUACCAGAGGGAGAAGACGAACUAUUGUGACAUCCACCCCAAGAACACCACACGUGAACCAGAUAUCAGGUGGGUAUGGUGUCUCAAUGUCAACACCUGGCUUUAACACAUAGAAUAUGAAUGAGUAUGGGAUGCUGUAAGGUCAAGUUAAAUAUGGAUGCACAUCAUUGACAUUCUUAACUUUCCCAAUAAUAAAAAUUUCAACCUUUUACUGAAACCUGGUUUCAUCAAUUUUUGAUAAGUGUAUCUGAUUUCAUAAACUUUUUUUUUCUACUAGUUCCUAAUAUUAUUUUUUACACUGAGCUUCAUUUUAAGUAUGCAUGAAUUCAAACCAUACUUCUCUAGCCAUUUUCGGCCAGUAUGGUUUUUAAACUAAAUUUAUUCAUUUCAAUUUAUUGUCCUAAAAAAAUAAGAUCACAUGAUCACUGAUAAUUUUAAAGUAACUUUACAAUGAGUUAUCAAUGGUUAUGACUUAACAAUAUCACAGGAAAUAAAUUCAAGCUUGGAUAUCUUCAAGCCUUGUAUCAUUGUUUUUUUUGUUUUGUUGGUUAGACUGUCACUUAGUGCAAACUUAGUUUCUUUAUCAUAUUUAUUCCUUCUUAUUCAACCACCUGACUCGCAAUUGUAAUUGAGCUUUGACUUAAUGGAAAUAAUAUUUCUAUGGUCCGUUCACAAAUUUUCGCUUUAAUUUCAGCCCAUGAUCACUACUACAGUGGAAUGUUGCUUAGAUCUGGGAGUCACAUCAAAGGUGUCCAAAGUUACUUAAAUGAAAAAGAGGCUCAUGUCAUGAAGGAAAGGGAUAAAACCAAAGACUCCAAAGAUCAUUUGAACACAGCAGUAACUCGAAGAAACAGAAAUCAAAGACAUUCUUUUGACAGCCCAAGCCAUCCAGGAUUAUAUGCAUCUGGUCUUACCAGCUUGGAUGUUGAUACAAGAUCCCAGCGUAUGAACGCCCGUAACUUGGUGACCACUAUUACAACCACAACUACCACCACAUAUGAAGAAAAUCAAAAAGCUCUUGCAUCUGAAGAGGCCAGUGAGAAAAAGCUUAGACUUGAUCAAAAACAGACAGAGAAACAUGACAAUCCAUUGAACCAUUUUCACACUGAGAAGUUGGGGCAUAGCACAGCCAUGUGGAAAGAAGAAAAAGGGCAUGAUCAAAGUGACAAAUCACAGACAGAGAAAGUAACAUCUCAUUUUAACAGAACUGAGAUUGAUAAAGGAGAUUUUCUCAGAAGCAGCAGACAGGCCAAGAGUCAGUACAAACUGCAACACCUCUAUGGUUAGUAUGUUUAUUGACAUGUUAGGUUAGAGCAUAAAGAAGAGCCCUAACAAUUUUACCUACUCAGUCCAGUAGCUUUAUGUGUAAAUACUUUUAUGUUUUAUCAAAGGGCUGCAUUAUCCUGUUUUCUAUAUUACUAUUUUUUUCUCGUUUAAUAUUAUUUUUGACUCGCUAUAGAAAAUUAUUCUUUCAUCAGUAUUAACCUUAUUACCAAAUCAAAAUAAAACCCAUUUAAGUAAAUUAAUGGAUUAUACUGUAAUGAUUCUAUUUACUUUAUUUCCAGGCUUGGAUUAUGAUGAAGAAAUCUCAGGUAAAAUUAUAUAAUAAAAUAAUAUAUAUUAUGGAGGACUUUCAAUAGUGAUCUGUUUAAUGUAGACUGUGGCUAUGAUCCAGAAGGAAUUAUGAAUUAUUAUCAAGUAAUUUCAGUAAGGUUGUGAAUAGAUAACCAGAUACUCCAGGGGAAAGCUGUUGUCUUAAGACAAGGCAACAUACCAAUCCAAUUUGGUGAUCUGGCUCAAGCCAGUUCACUUCAGUAGUGAAAAAAAAGGAAAUAAUCCUAAGAUCAAAGCCAUAUAUGACUAAUAUAAAUCAAUAGAGUUUAGUGUCUAUGUUUGUCAGCUUCCUCAUGAUUUUGACACUCUCCAUUUCUAAAGAAAUAAUUUUUAUUUAGAGUGGGAGUCCACUCGUUAAAUUUAAUAGCUUGCUGAUGUGUGUAUCAUCAAAUACCUUCCCAGGCACUCAUAUCAUAAAACAAACUGUAACUCAUAAACACAAACUGAUUCUACCCCAAAAUACGCAAUAUAUAAUUUGGAAUUUCAAUUGCACCAAAUAAUUUGAUUAAUUGAUCAUUUUUAUGUCUAAAAAAUUAAUUUUCACAUUGUUCUCCUGUCUCCUGCUAUGUAUGUAAUAUUUCUCAAAUAUUAAUUUUAUGCUUGUUCUCUUGUACCCUACUCAGUAUUUUAUAUUUCUCAGAUGUUAAUUUUAUGUUUGUUCUUUUUUCUCCUACUCUGUAUUUUAUAUUUCUCAGAUGAAGAUGGUCUUGAUUGGACAGACUAUCAAAAAACUAGUACUCAAGCUACACAUGAUCAGCAGAGAAUCAAAACCUCGAAAAACACCAGAAGAUCACAGAAUGAUUCCAUGAAUAAACAGAGGUCAUUUGACACUGACAGCCAAAUCCAAUCUCAUAUCAACAGACAAUCGACCCUCGGCCAAGGAUGGGGAUAUUCAUUCUAUUUGUGGAUCGCUACCUGUUUAACAUCUGUUAAAACAGCUGUGUCAACAUCAUCUUCAGGUUUGUGCACUUGCGGUUCUUGGAGGUUUUGCACAGUAUUAAAAUUAUUUUAUAUAUUAAAUCUUGAAAUAACAACAGGGUGUUUUACCUGUUGGUAAUCUUGUUUAAAUUGUGUUGAGGUUGAAUUUUUCAAUGAAGCACAGAAAUAGUACAAGUGAAUAUACUUUAAAUGAUAAAUUUCACAUGGCAAGCUGUUGCUCAAGAAAUUUUCCCUUUUAAUAUCGAAAGACACAUUGUUUAAAUAUAUAGUUACCACUCCUUCAUCCAAAAAUGUGUUUAAAAAAUGCUACUUUAAUUAUUAUGGUCCCAGUUGUCGAUCUGAUAUGAAUGUGUAAGCAUAUGUUUUUUUUUUAGAUGCUGGCCUUGUCUCUGGUGUCCAGUCAGCCUCGGCUGUCCUGUUAAAUUCAGCAUCCUUAUCAGCCAGAUGGUUCAUGCAUUGGAUUGCCUCCGUUGCCACUUGGCUGGUCACCAAGUCUGCAACAAUUCUACUAUGGGACAUCGAAGUCAAACAAAGGUCUGUGGUUUUGAAAUUAAUUAUAAUUAUUUAAAAUUCAGCCAUGAACAUUUCACUUGACAUUAUGGAACCAUCCCAAAUAUUUUUACCCUAUAACUGUCAUAAUUGCCGAUGAUCGGCCUUUAAACAUCUUUCUGUGGUGUCAGUACUGAUAUAAUCCGCCACUAGCUAAAUCGUCAUUAAAAAUGCAAAUAAUUUAAUGUAUAUCGGUUAAGGGGAAUCACUCUAUUUAAAUGAGAUUACUUCCUAUGUACGUUUCUGUCUGUGUGUUAAUGUGCUAUUAUCAGGGAUUUUUCUUGUGAUCUGGUGUGAAAUUGGUUUUAAAAAUUUGACAACCAUAAUGUCCAAUGCUCGAGAGGGUCCACUUCUAGAAUGUAAAAAUCAACACAGAAUUUCUUUAUUGGAAUUAUUUCAAAUGGAUUAAAAUGAAAGUGAUGAUGUCAGAGAUAUUCCACAUGCUAGUAAUGACAGUAUUAGCUCUAUUAGUGGUAAUGGUGAGAUAAGAUUCGGAUAUUGAAAAUUUUAGCCCUAAGUUUAGCAGUAUUGUUACAGACAAAUUCGUUUGGAAAGGUUGGAAAUCUAACAGAAAAGACAAAGAUUGGACACCAAAGACCUACCCUAAAGAGAUUCAAAGACAUUAAUUUAUGAGUAUGUUCUGGAGUAUUAAUUAGUCUAUUAAAAAUAGAUUUAAUAACUUCAUUUCAAAAAAAAAUUUUAAACUCAUUUCAUGCCUUUCCCCUUGUAAGCCUCUCAUUCACGUUACGGCCUAAUCCUGCUGUAAAAAACAUGUUAUUUUCACCUUUGCUUAAUGAAAUUUACUUCUUAUUAAUGAGUUCCAAUGAGCUAAUUAUAAAACAGGAAGUGUUAAGCUGCUUUUUUUUGUGUAUGGAUUUUGUGGUUGUGCAUUUGCUUUUCCGCUAAUUUUGAUUUUUGUUAAAUAAUGGUUUGUCCACAGUAAAUCUACGUUAAGAAAAAGAUGUCUGCUUUUCUAGUAUCGCUUUAAGCUGCAUAUGUGUCGGCUUUUUGUGUCAAUAAUCUUGAAUUUGAUGUAGAAAUAGAUGCAAAAUAGAUAAUGGAAAUGAAAGUAAUGUUGAUAUUGAAUUAUUUCAGCAUCUUGAUGUCCCAGAUGACCCAGAAGAUGAAGAUAAUAAUAAAGUUCAUUUCAAAAACACGCUUCAUCCCCAAAGGCUCGAAGCGCGGUACAAAGUCAACAAAAAAUAAAUCUAUAAUUUACCACAUUUAAAACAAACGCAACACUACAAAAACUAAUUACAAGCAUACAAUGUCAAAUUCUUUCUAGCCAUUUCAACCCUAAGCAACACAGCCAUUAUGCAUUAACUGGAAAAUAAGGUAGACAAUCAUCUCAGAAGGUGUUUGCGAAAUAGAUGUGUCUUUAAAUCGGUUUUAAAGGACUCCAGUGUCUGGUUGUUUCUGAGAUCGACAGGAAGGGCGUUCCAAAUUGUUGGACCAACAAAUGCGAAAGUGCGCUUUCCGUAAGUCUCAAGGCAAACACGUGGUGUCGAGAGUUUGCCACUAUCGGAUGAGCGGAGCUCUCUAGUGGGUACAUAAGGCGUCAGCAGCUCUUUCAGAUAGGACGGCGCCAGGUCAUGUAAGCAGCGGUAGCACAAAGUUGCGAUUUUGUACUCUAUGCGAGCACGCACCGGCAGCCAGUGCAACUCUCUCAGAAGUGUUUUUGCAUGGUCGAACUUGCGUUUGCUGAGAACAAUGCGAGCCGCAUUAUUCUGUGCUAUUUGAAUUUUAUCCAGGAGCGUAGUCGGAAGACCCACCAUGAGAGCAUUGCAAUAGUCCAUGCGUGAUAGCACAAAUGCAGACAUCAGCCUCUUUGUUGCAUCAAUUGUUAGGAAGGGCCUGAUGUGACUAAUCCUGCACAGCUCCAGAAAAAUCGCCUUGCAUAGCAUGUUAAUAUGACUUUCAAAAGUUAGUCUUCUAUCUAGGUAGACACCCAGGUACCGCACUGUUUGAGCUAACUCAAUACGCACACCUGAGAGAGUAAUGGAUGUCGUGUUAUUUGCAGAUUUUUGCUUCUGAGCGGUCGCAAUGGGGAGCAGCUCAGUCUUAUCAUCAUUUAAUUUGAGCUUGUUUAUGGUCAUCCAGUGCUUAACCGACUCCAUUGUCUUCUGUGUCAUACUGAGCAGCUGAGGGAACUGAGAAGGGAUCACGGAUUGAUGAAGUUGUGUAUCGUCCGCGUACAUGUGAUACAACAUGUCAAACUGCCUGAUCUCUGCACCCAGGGGCUGAAUGUACAUCGUGAAAAGCACCGGGCCUAGGACCGAGCCCUGGGGUACUCCGAAUUCAAUAUUAGAUUUCUUCGAGGUCAAGCCUUUUGAAAUAACUGACUGGACCCGAUUAGUCAGAUAUGAUCGGAACCAACACAGGAAGGUAUCAGUGAGACAGAACGUUUGUUGCAGACACUGGAGCAGUAUGCCGUGGUCGAGCGUAUCGAAAGCUGCCGAUAAAUCGAGUAAAGACAAAAUUGAUACCUGGCCCUCAUCACAAGACGACAGAAGGUCGUUUACGACGCGCAACAGGGCUGUCUCAGUAGAGUGAUGCGCCCUGUAUGCUGACUGGAAUGGUUCAAACAAGUCAAACUGAGUGAGGUGAUCCAGGAGUUGGCGGAGAACGAUUUUUUCUAAGAUUUUAGAAAUAAAUGGUAGAUUUGAGAUGGGGCGAUAAUUUUCCAUUACAUUUGGGUCAAGAUUUGAUUUCUUUAAUAGUGGAGUGACGAUCGCCUCUUUAAAAGAUGAUGGAACAAUGCCAGUUGCUAAGGACUGAUUUAUAUAAGUGAUGAUGGGGACUAUUUCAUCCAAACAUUCAUACAAGAGCCCUGCUGGAAGAGGGUCAAGCGAACAUGACUUUCUUGGGGUAUCAGCGAGGAUUUUCCUCACAUUCGAUUCACUGACCUCAACAAAUUCACCCAUAGAAGAGCCGUUGAAGAGUGAGAAUUCUGGAGCAGUAUCGAUGCAACUGUCAAGUUUCGCUCUGAUCCUCUUAACUUUUGUAAUAAAGUAGUCAUUUAGAGCGUCUGGCAGCUCUUCUACAGCAAUGUUAUUUGGCAGAGAUGUAGCCUUGUUUUUACCGGUCAGCUGACCCACAAUGCGAAAUAAGUCCUUGCUUGAGCUGCUGCCUGUAAUCUGAUGACUAACAUACUCAGUCCUAGCUGCAAGGACCAACCUCUUGGUUCGUUCCCUGUGGUCAACAAAGAUUUGUCGGUGCACAGUCAAGCCCGACUUCCGCCAUUGGCGUUCUACACGUCGCUGCUUCUGCUUAGCGUCCUUAAUUUCGGGCGUGAGCCUUGGGUCGGAAGGGCGGUCCGUAACGCGCCAUGUGGACAGUGGUGCAUGUUUGUUUAAAAUGACUCUGAGGCCACUGUUGUAGUCUGUAGCAGGGUCAUCUACACCGCACUCAAGGGCUUCGACGUCACAUUUAAAGGCCGCUAGAUCUAUCUGUCGGAGGUCACGGGAUGUUACUGAUCGCAGAAGGCGUCCUGGCUUCCUCAAGUCAAAGUCGAGGGCGACUGGGAAGUGAUCAGAAAUAAGUUUGUCCUCAAUAAUGAGGUUUUGGAUCAUAGCUGCCCGGUCCUCUCUGACAACCAGCCAAUCUAGGAUGUGACCUCGCUUCUGCGUCGGGACACUGACAAGCUGAGUCAUGGGGACGAUGUUGAUAGAUCUUACUUUUCUGACUAAAUACAUAACAUUGAAGAAUUUGUUAGUGUUACUGAUCCUAAUGUAGACGGGCCUAGAUUAAACUUCUGAACCUUAUGAUUCCUUUUUUCUUUUAUCCCUUAUUCUUAUUUUAGAGUUGGCAAUAUAGAUUAACAUGUAUGUAGUCUCUACCAGGUCAACAAAAAUGUGGGUUGAUGCUACAGUGAAUGACAUGAAAUUAUUUUUUACAUAAAUGUGAUGCUUGGAAUUCAUCAGCCAACAGAAUGAAUAUAAACACUAUUGAUCCAGUAACGAGCUGUAAGAUGUUCCCGCAUAAACAAUGGAGCAAACUGAACAAAUAUAUUUACAAAAAACAGAUGGCAGCUGUAUUAUUUUUAACACAAAUUUUCUUCAACAUUUGAUUUUUUUUUUUACAAUUAAUACCAAGUUAAUAAAUAAUAUUUUAUUUUAUUUAAAAUUGCAUCUUUUCUCUACAAUAAUCAGUUUUUUUAUGAUUGGAUCAAAGACUGAUUUUUAAUAAUGUACCGUAUUGAUGCUAUGGUACUGAGAGGGUUAAAAAGAUAUGUGAAUUCUAGCUCAAUUCUGCAAAAUAUCUUUGUUUCCAAUGUUUACAGGAGAAGGAGAGGUUGCUGCUGUUUUUUCCUACCAUUGCUGUUUCUUUUGCCCCUAUUCUUACUUGGUGGUAAGUUAUAAUGUUCAAAUUUUUAGUUAAUUUUAAAGGAUUUUUGUUUUUAGCAUGUAAUUUUGUAAGAAUGAUUUAGUAAUUUGAUAUGCCUUAUUUAAUAUUAUUUUUAUGACAAAGAAAAAAUUAAUAUACUUUUGAAAAUCCAAACACAUUAAGCUAUGUAUGCCAAGUAUUAGACAUGGAAGCGAAAAAAUACUUUAAAAAAAUUAUACCAUUAUACUCGUUCUAAAACUGAUCUGUAACAAAUAUAUCUGGGGAAAAAGUGGAGUUGUCAGCCUAUGAGCGUGUCAAAGUAGAUUUUUAUAAUUUUCUCCAAGUUAAUUGAAUAAUGAAAUUUUUAUUGUUGAUCAGAGAAGUCCUAGACUACUGUACAAGACCACUCUACAAGAUUCAAAUAUGUACCAGAAACUUUAAAUAUUAAUAAAUUUCUCCACUUAAUUUAAUUAUUUAUUUUAUAUAUUUUGUUCUUAAAAAUAAAGUAAAUUUUAAAACUCAAGUUGAUUUCAACAAUUGUGUACCACAUAAUGAAGCAAAGAUAUUGUAAGUAAAUGGCACCACUAUUUGGUUGUUUUUAGCACUAGCAUAAUCUCAUCCUAGAUAUUCUUUAGUAGCAUAUUACUUACACUGGCAUGUUAUUUUAUGGAGUCAUCUUAUGGGCAGGUUAUUCACUUUUUAUGCUUGCCUCCUCCAAAACAAGGGAGAUCUGCUUACGAACAAACGGGCAUUAGAAUGAGUUAUUACUUAUCUACAUUACAUAUAUAUCAAUCCUACUUUUAAGGUUACUAUACACGAGAUGUGUAUCAGAAUGCAGGAUCCUACCUGUCAAAUGGUAAACAGGUUUUAUCCUCAAGUUUGUCUUACCUGUGGUUUUCCACAAGUGCAGAUACUAAAACUUCUUACAUUGAGGUUAGUAUAAAAAUUAGUCCAGGCCCAUACACAAAACCCAUUUUACGUUUUCAUUUUCCUUUGUUAAGAUAAAUUUACCAUUUUCUAAUAUUUACUCUCAAUAAAUUUCUCUAUUUAAACAUUUCUGACAAAGGUUAAUGCUUUAAAGACAGAUGGUUACACAAAGUUUGAGGGUAUAAAUAAUGAGACUUCCUUCAUAUGGGUGUGAUCCCUAAAUAACCAUUAUUUUUAUUUAUCAGAUCAACAAAAAUUAAGUUAAUCGCUAGCAAAAAUUAGCACUUGUUAGCAAUAUUAGCUGGAAAAUUAUUUGUUGAAACUUUAGAAAUGCUCAUUUAUUUUUGUUAAAUAUAAAUAAUUUUGUGUGAAAAAGCUUUGGAUUCAUAUGCAGCGUUAUAUCUCAAAGUUGUCCUCUGCUAGAGUGCAUGCUCAAAGUUAUGUAGUUUUCUAUGUCUUUUUAUGGGUUAUAAAAUAUUUCUUCUGAACGUGCUAAGCCUUUUUCAUGAACUUAAUGAACUUAAUUACAUUUAGUACUGCCCAGUGUAUUGUAUAUAGAUUAUCUAGUUUAGAUUUUUGUAUCAGCCUUAUUUUGAUUACUUAGUCGAGAUGACUGCUUUGUUGUUGUCACAGGUGCCACCACCAUCCAUUACACCUGUAACCCAAGCAGAAGCUCCACAGAUCAACAUGACACACAUCUAUCAGUACAUCCAGCAAACAGUUAUCCAAGCUGCUGCACUGCACAGAGAUGAUGGUCCUGUAGGGCUAACUCACGAACAAGUGGAGAGCAUUGUUGGAGACCUACUGGCCAAACAUUUGGAUGGACUUAAAGCUAACUUGGAGGAAAGAAUUAAAGCAUUGAAAGUCAGUAUAAAAAAAAAAAACUCACUAUCACAUGUUAUUUUGGAAAGUUUUGAAACAUUUUUCUCAAAUUUUAAUAGUUAGGCUUAGUACUAAGUAUUCAAUUUGUCUGCUUUCUCUGGGUGUAGAUUGCUUCAGAUAAACUCUCUUAAUUUUCUUUGGGUUGUUUUUUUAAAACUUACUACUGGCCUCCCAAAGUCCUACACCAGUCUGAAUACAAAUUGUACUGCUACAGCAUUGUUUGUUCAGGACACCUAGCAACAUAACUCUAAUACAACAAUGAGUGCUCAAGUUUGCUACUCUAGUUAAGACAAAAUUCAAUGUUUUAAUCUCCUUUUGAUACUAAAUUACAAGAGUUAAAUUUUAGCAUGACUUUCCAAGGUCUUCAGAAGUAUAUAAGCAGGCUUGGAGGAUAAAAUUAUUUAACUAUUGAUGCAGAAAUUGAUAUUGCAAAGAACCCUUGUGCUCACACUUGCUAAUUGUCUCACUGUUGAGACAAGACCAUCAAUUCAAUUAUUUUCUUUAUUGAAUACAACAAGAAUACAACAAAUAUGUUGGCUGGGCCUACCCACCAAGAUAAACAUGAGAUGAACACCCUGCCUGAAGUAAUGUUGCAUAACAACCAAAGCUGACCAUUCACUUUAUCUUUUCGCAACUGGACACAAAUCCUAGCGGCAGUUCAACUGUUUACACUUUAAAAGGAAACAUAACUCAAAGGAAAGUCUUUCAUUUUUAGCUUAUUUUCCCAUCUAACUUCUGUUGAAGUCUAUCUUAUUUUCCCGUCUAAAGUUAUUCUUCUCUUAAGGUCCCCUUAAUAUUGAUGAUCCAGUGGUUGAAGAUGACUAUAAAUCUGACAUAAAUGUUAGUACUUGUUCAUCAGUAGGUGGUACCCACUGUGGGCAAUGGUUAUCAUGCUUUUGACAGUGAAUGUGGAGAAAUAUACCAAUGUUCUAUUUCAGAUAUUAUUAAAAUUCAAGGGUUAUAUUAGGUAGCCCAAACUGAAAUUAACUAUACAUUUGUAGAAAAACCUAAUUAUGUGUGGGAAAUGUAACAGAGACUGCUAUUCGAGGAUUGGCCUCACCAGCCACACCAAGAGCUGCAAGCAAUAAAGAUAAUCUAUCGUCUCCCGCAGACGGAAAGAUGCCAUACAUACAUAAUUAUUUUUAAAAAUUAUAUAGUUUUUAUAUGUACUUUCUUUUAACUAAAAAAAAAUGAAUAUAUCCAAAUGGAGUUAUAUCAUUUUGGCUAGGCACUUUCAAGGGGGUUUACAUCAAAAUUAGGUCAGGCAGGAGUUGGUUAAUUACAAAAAUCUUUCUAAACGCCAUCUUUAAUAUACAUUUUUUGUUCCUUUUAGAUCUCAAUUUUAUGUGUGAAAUAGCAUUCUUUUUGUUUGAUUCGUAUUGUUCGUUGAUUUUCAUUAAAUGAGUGAUCAUCAGAAAUUUAAUAUCCUAUUUCUUCAAGGUUCUGAUUGCAAAGGAUGGAUCAUCACUAUCAUCUUUAGAAGGAGUCAUUACGGGAAUGACUGAAGAAAUAAAAGCUACUGUUCAAGCCCACAAAGUCAGUUAUCUUUGUCUUCUGGUUUUUAAAAUUAAAUCUAUUGAUGCUACACACAAAAAAUUAAUAAAAAAAGAGUAAAUUGAAGCAUAUAUUCAAUGUUCACAUCCGUGUUUUUGAAAACAGUGCCUUAAAGGUCAAUUCAAGUGUUAAACAUUAAAUUAAUUAGACACCACAAAUCUUAAACAUUACUAUACAUCUUUUUAGGAAUUUAUGCUAAGAUGAUUAUGAAUCCAUCUGAACAUCAAGAAAUGAAAUAUUUUGCUACUACAGUCAAAUUAAUAUGUUUCAGAAUUGAAAAAUAUGGAUCAAAUUCUCUUUAUUUUUUUUUAGUUUGAGAAUAUAUCUUGUGAAGUUCAAAAUAUAUUAAUAUCUAAGCACAUUUCCUUUCAAAUCUUGCAGACUAUCUCUGUAAACAUGGAACAAUUGAAAGAGUCAAUUGGAAGGUAAUCUUCCCUUAAUAUUGUGUCCUGUUGGAUUAUAAAGCAUCAAUUAAUGGUGUAAAUUUCUAAUUUUUUCAUUAUUUCAAAAUCAGUAAAAAAAAACAAAUAUGGACAAUACAAUAAAUGAGUAAAUGUAACUAAAACAUAUUUGAUAAGCCAGAAAAUUUAAGUUUUCAGAGUAAUAUAUAAUUGAUUAAAGAUAUUUUUAUUGACAUAUACUUUAUGUUACUGUUUAAAAUAUAUGACCUCAUAAUUUGUUAUAAUGAAAGUAAAGUCAAUUGCUUUGAAGUUUGGAUCAUCCUAAAAAUAUAACAAUAGCAUUUAUAUUUUGAUCACAGCACAAACCAGAAGAAUACAUUAGAGUGGCAGACAGCUUAUGAGGCCCAGCAACUGAAAAUCCUAGACUUAACACAGCAAAUAAGCAGUCUAUCAUCUCAGAAUGCAGCACUCACAGCAAUGUUGACAAACUGUUGCAGGAAUAACACCUUACCUGCUGAUAACAUUAGAGCACAGAUAAAAACCAUUUUGUCCCAGGUUUGUAGAAAACUGGAUUAAUCUUUUUAAAUAAUUUUUUAUUUUUAUUUUGCACUGUGAAGUUCAUAAUAUCUUAAUAGUCAUAUGAAUGCACAGUUACAAUUUUUUUAAGUUCUCAAGCCAAAGCAUAAGGUGUGCUGUAUUUUAUUUAUUUUUUUAAAUAUCUGAAAACAAAACUAAAAGCUACUUUGUCAUUUAAUUAAAGGUUGCUUUUAGUUGUUAUGUAAUGAAGAUGGAAUAUUAUUUUUAAAAUGAAAAUCCAUAUAAAUCAUUUCGCAAAACUCAAUGAGAGAGCUCCACAGAAUGAAAAUGAGACAAAAACUUUAGUUAAUUAAUUCUUUUAAAUUCUUUUAUUCUUUUUAAAUCUCAAUAGCAUUGACAUAUGAAUACUUAGAUUAGCUCAGUUUUGUCAUUAUUUCAGGAUAUAGUUUUAUAAGAAUUAGAAAAAUAACAGAAAUAUAAUUACAUGUUUGUAUUUGGUUAUGCUCUCAAUUAACUGGGAACCUAAGGUAUAAUUUUUUUAUAAACUUAUUAUAUUUUUUUUGCAGAUGGGAACUGAAGAUUAUGAUAAUCUUACUGGGCUCUUUGCAUGGACAAAUGGAAAGUUCAUUGAAAGGUCAGAGAUGGACCAAAAGCUUGAUGUCCUCUACACACAAAUUAUGGACAGUUUGAAAGUUGCCUUGUCAAAUAUCGAGCAAACCCAAAAUGUUAAAUCUGAUGCAGAAUCUCAUGCAACCAUUGUAGCUGGUAUAGAUGAAUUGGUAAACAUUGUUUUAUAAAUUAAUUUUUUUUUAAUGUGAAUGUUUGAGCUGCAUCUGCAAUAAAAAAUAGUAAUCAUUGCUUAUUAUGAUCAUUAUAGUUCUAAAAUAAACAUAUUUCCCAUAAAGCAGUUAUAUAGAGGAUGCCUUUAUUAAAAAGAAAAAAAAGACAAAUCAUGUACUUUUCAAUGUUAAUGAGCUUCCCAUUUCAAAUGACUUUCUUAAACCUCAUCCUCCAAGAAGAGUAAUGCGUUGUGAAAGUGGGAGUUGAGAUUUUUUGUAUUAAUUCUGCAAUCCACAUUCUAACAGGCGGUGAAAAAUAUAAUAGAGGAUGCUCUCAUUCAAUUCAGUGCCGAUAGGGUUGGAAUGCCAGAUUUUGCUUUGGAAUCUGCAGGUGUGUAAUGAUUUGGAGAUGCAAACUUUAAGAAGAUAUGGAUAUUAAUAAAAAUAGGAGAAAAACAUUUGAAAAUUUUAAAUUCAUUCCUAUAUGAUCUUGUUAAAAUAAUAUAUAAUUUUAAAAUAUUUGAUUAAAAUCUAAAUUUUACAAUAAUUAAAAGCAUGUCACCAGCUUUAUUUUGAUAUUGUAUGCUUGUAAUUAGUUUUUGUAGUGUUGCGUUUGUUUUAAAUGUGGUGAAUUAUAUAUAUGUUUUUUGUUGACUUUGUACCGCGCUUCGAGCCUUUGGGGAUGAAGCGUGUUUUUGAAAUGAACUUUAUUAUUAUUAUUAUUAUAUAAUCAAUAUAUUUGAUUAUACUUAAUUAAAAGUACUAGUACAUUUAUAACUUUUCUAUAAAUAAUAUUGGAACAGAAAAUUAUGCUUGUAUCUUAUUCACUUAAAAAAUGUAACAUUGGAAAUGUUUCCACUUACACUGACUUCAUCAGGUGGUAGUGUCUUGAGUGUACGUUGUUCUGAGACCUUUUAUAAGAAAACUGCUCUUGUCAGUGUCUUUGGAAUUCCUCUUUGGUACACAUCCAAUUCUCCAAGAACUGUUAUUCAGGUAGAGUAGAAAGAAUGUUACUCUUAAAUUUUUCUUCUAUUACUAAUUUUAAGGUUUGUCAUUUUGCCAAAUGGAUUUAUAUAUAUUCAGUUGCACCCAUUUGUCUCUUUACUUCUGACUAUAAAUACUUGAAUACAUAUUUUGAAAUAUAACAUAUAUUUCCUAUAGAAAAUAUAUUUAUUUCAAUUUCUUUUUUCUUACACAAAUGAAAAAUUUUGAAAUGCACUAUUCAGCAUCAGCUUUCAGAAACUUUGCAUUUUAUUUGACUAAACCAUUAUAAUGUAAUUGUUAAUUUUUUUUACGUUAGUUGUGAGACAACUGUUUCUAAUAUAAUUUUAAUCUGUGUUUUCUAGCCCAAUGUGCAUCCAGGUGAAUGUUGGGCAUUCAAAGGAGAUUCAGGCAGAUUGGUCUUGCAGUUGUCUCAUCCCAUUCAAAUAACUGGAUUUACAUUGGAACAUAUUCCUCGCAGCCUUGCACCCAGAGGAGAUAUUAGUAGUGCUCCUAGAGAAUUCACUGUGUUUGUAAGUCAUUGAUGUCCAAAUUAUAUUUGUAAUUGUUAAGAGUUUAUAGAUAUUCUAAUUUUUUUAUUGCUGAACUAUAUAAAAGUGGUAUAAUUUUACAAAUGAACAAAAAAUAUGUAACUUAGAGAUUCACUUUUUUUUUUUAAUAUGUAAUUAUUUGAAAAACAAUUAUACUUCAUUUCUUGUUUAUCAGGGUUUGGCUUCAGAAAGUGACCAUUUGGGUGUGAAUUUAGGAAACUACACUUAUGAAGACAAUGGGAAACCGAUACAGCUUUACUCUACUCAGGUGAGCAAAAGAGAAUGAACGUUUGAUGAAAUAAAUAGAAUUGCUAAACUAACACAGAGAUGUCUAGACAUUGUAUGUGUGGAAUGCCAGCCAAGCACUGUAAAUGAGAGUAACCCAUAAUAAGGUUACACAAUACGUUAAAUGGUAUUCAACUACAGUUUGUGUUCAGAAUCACUGAAAAUGAGAAACACGAAGUUUACAGACAUGAGUUUGGGAAAAGUGGGGGAGCAGGGGUCGGGGGUUUGAUGUGAGAUGAGUGAAAUUUAAGGAAGAAUUUUUUUUCUUUUUUCAUGUGACCCCCCUCAAAAAGUUUGUUCAAGGCUUCAUACUGAAACUUUUGAGGGAAACUGCUUUUGGGCACUUUUUUUCAUUCUUGAUUACAAACUGUGUAUAUGAAAUAGAUUCUUAACCUUGUUGAGGAAAUUUAGUUUCAAGGUGAAAUAAAAGUAUGUUACUAUAUAUAUUAUAUUAGUUCAAAAUAAUUUUUUUAAUUGUUAAACCAUAUCAUAAUAUGGAAGCUAUUGUUGAGUGUUUCUUUUGAGUUUGAUUUUUUACAAGUGGCUGCAAACUAGGCCCUACUGGUGAUUGCAGAUUUCGGCUCAAAAAAUUUCAUGCCCUGUAGAACAAUUGUUUCAAAUGAUUAUAAUUGUUCUGGUCAGAAAUAAUAAUGCCGGAGGAUGUAUGGGCUGUAGUUAGAAAUAAUAAAUAUUUUCUAAUUGACACACCAGAUUAAAUUUUAAUUUUCACCUAUUGUAUGCCAAAAGUGUAUCUAUUAUAUUUCAGAACCACCAAUCGGGAAUAUUUCAGCAUGUUGAAUUAAGAGUUCUUAGCAACCAUGGCAACAAGGAGUACACUUGUAUUUACAGGUUCAGAGUCCAUGGAUUACCUUAAAAUUUCAAGUAAACCUAUGUUGCAAAUUUAUUCAGAUCACUUUAAAAUAUUUCUGAAGUUACCUUUUGAUGGUCUAUGCAAUACGCCUCCUAGGUUUAGAAUCACCAUUUUUUUACCUUUUGGUCUUCUGCAAUAAGACAUCAUUCUUGUGUGAAGCAUUCUAAUAAUGAAUGUCUCCAAUCAAAUUUCUUAGGGUAGUAAUUGUGUUUAAAAAUUGUUUUGAAAAAAACUUUUGAAAC